GGUACACAGCAGGCAGCAUUUCCACUGAUUCUUGGGGAAAAAAGGAAAAGAAAAUAAAAUCUCUAAUUGGUCGCGUUGAAUUUUUUUCUUUGUUUCAAAAGAUUAUAAGUGAUAAAAAUAUGGAUUUCGAUGAAUAUAAGUAUUUAGAAAAGACGGUUGAAAAUCCCGAGCAUCAAAAGGUGAAGUAGGAAGAUGGUAACGGCAGAGUCGAUAAUGUUAAAUCUGUGAGAGGAAUCGUAUCGGAGUUCCAAGCACAAGAGAGGAGAGAGAGCCGGUGAUAGUGAUGAUGAUCAUAGUCACUCCAAACGCUCAAAAUCACGAGAUGAACCACUGCAUGAUCUUGCAAGGAACGAGGCUCAUCUCGUCACAGGUCACGGUCUAGAGAUGGUGAGAAGGAUAGGCACAGGAGUUGCAGAGAACAUAGAGUCAAGGACAGGGACAAUGAGAAGAGACAAAGAGAAGGAACGUGAACGAGAUAGGAUAGAGCGUGGAUGUGAGAGAGACAGGGACAGGGAUAUAGAGCGAUCAAGUAGAAGCAGGAGUCGACCAGAAAGAGAACGUGAGAAGAGUCGGGACCGGGAGUUUAGAGAAAGAGAAAAAGAGAGAGAGCCAAGGGAACGGGACAGAGAAAGCAGUGUAGGAUUCUGUCCAAAAAUGUCCGAUUUUGAUUCGGAUAUCAAAGAAGAAUGUUCAAAAUUUGGAAAAUUGAAGCAUAUUUACGUAGACAGGGACAGUGCUGGGAUUUUCUACUUACGUUUCCAAGAUAUGCAAGGUGCGAUAAAUGCUCAGCGGAACCUACAUGGAAGAUGGUUCGCCGGAUAAAUGAUCACUGCUACAUACAUGAUGCCACAAACCUACGAGGCGAAGUUUCCAGAUAGUAACAGAUAGUUGAAUGCUAUGUAUAUAAUCUUGACAUUAUCUGAAAUCAAGAGGGUUAUGUUUCUGUUGGGAACUAUAUACAGUAAAAAGAUACAUCAGCAGGCAGUAAUUUGUAUGGUAACUUAAAAAAAAACU